GACACCCCCACCCGCAAGACAGUCAAGAUGGGACGAGGACCGAAAAAGCACUUGAAGCGCCUCAAUGCGCCCUCCUCGUGGAUGCUUGACAAGCUCAGUGGAACCUACGCUCCCCGUCCCUCUCCCGGUCCUCACAAGCUCCGCGAGUCGCUCCCUCUCAUGAUCUUCCUUCGCAACCGCCUGAAAUACGCGUUGAACGGCCGUGAGGUGACUGCUAUCGUCAUGCAACGCUUGAUCAAGGUCGACGGCAAGGUCCGCACCGAUGCUACUUACCCCACUGGCUUCAUGGACGUUGUUACCAUUGAGAAGUCGGGCGAGCACUUCCGUCUCCUGUAUGAUGUCAAGGGCCGCUUCACCAUCCACCGCAUCACCCCUGAGGAGGCCUCCUACAAGCUCCUCAAGGUGCGCAAGGUUGCUGUUGGAAGCAAGGGUGUUCCCUACAUCAUCACCCACGAUGGCCGCACCAUUCGUUACCCCGACCCUGCCAUCAAGGCUAACGACACUGUCAAGUUCGACUUCGAGCAGAACAAGAUCGUUGACUUCGUCCACUUCGAGACCGGCAACAUCGUCAUGGUCACCGGUGGUCGUAACAUGGGCCGUGCUGGUGUCAUCGUCCACCGCGAGAAGCACGUCGGAGGUUUCGAUAUUGUCCACGUCAAGGACACUCUUGACCGAACUUUCGCCACCCGGAUAUCCAACAUCUUCGUCAUCGGUGAGGGUAUCAAACCUUGGGUGUCUCUGCCUCGCGGCAAGGGUACCAAGCUUUCCAUCGCUGAGGAGCGUGAUGUCCGCAGGCGGCAGCGGGCAGCUGAGGCAUAGGUUUUCGGCUCUGUUGUUUCACAUAUCCACCAUUUCAUGCCAUGCUUUGUAUGCCUCCACCCAAAAUGACAUAGCAUGCACAUCACCACAGCAGAGGAUGUGGAGUAAUUUUGAAGCUGGUUGUACUGGACUCAAAGGGAUUGAUAUACCGAGGCCCGCUGUAUUCCUCGCACAUAGAACCCGCCUCAUACCGCCUUGUCGAAUUCAACAUCGUG